AUGUUAAACAAUGCAGCUAAACCAGUCCUAGAUUUUGCCUUCAAUAUAGAGAGUGAAUCUGACAAAAAUGAGUUUUGUAGUCUCAUUGCUUACUAUAAUAGAGUUCUGCUCUAUGUCAAAGUGAUACAGUUCACAUCUGUGCAGGCAAUCAUAGACGUCGUGGGGAAUGAGAAGAAAAUUCAUGUAAUUGAUCUAGGGAUACGAAGUGGGUCGCACUGGACAGUACUGAUGGAGUAUCUUGCACACAGAUCUGUUUCCUCUUCUCUCCCUACGCUUGAGCUUCUCAGAAUUACAGCAGUUGGGAUGAAUGCGGAAGAGCUUAGGAAAACCGGAAAAAGGCUUCAUGACCUGGCUAAAUCUUAUGCGAUUCCAUUAUCUUACAACAUGGUGGAGAUCGCAAGCAUAGAGGAGAUUAAGGAAGGUUUAUUCACCGUUAAAUCUGGUGAGGAGUUGGCAGUUUAUGCUCCAGUUGUUCUGAGAAAAGCGCAGCAUAAUUCUCCUUCUUUUGCAAAUAGAUUCAGCGAGGUGCUUUCCCAUUACAUGGCGUAUUUUGAUCUUUUGGAUGUUACCUUACCAGACAGAAUUGAUCUUAAGAGGGUGAAGCUUGAAGAAAUAAUUACUGCAAGUCAUAUAAGGAAUAUAAUAGUCUAUGAGGGGAAGGAGAGGUCCGUUAGGCAUGUUAGAACAGAUGAGUGGAGGUGCUUGUUCAGAAAAGCUGGGUUCAGAGAAAAGGGCUUCAGCUUUCAAGCUAUGUAUCAGGCUAGAUUGUUAUUACGAGAACAUGCUUCGGGAGAGUAUUAUACUCUAGAGGCCGAUGGACAUGCCAUGAUUGUAAAGUGGAAAGGAACACCAUUAUUUGCAAUCUCGGCAUGGGAUGGUAUCAAAUGA